GCGGCUCUCGCGAGAGGUGGCGCGGCCCGGGGAUGGCGGCGGCCGGCGCCGUGUGAGGCGGGCGCGGAGCGGCCCCGGGGGCCUCCCCCCGGCCCUUCCUCAGGCGACAGCGGCGCCGAGGCCCCUCCGCGGGCCUCCCCUCCCCGCCCCCGCGACAUGAAGGCGGCGCCGGGCGGCGCCGAGGAAGCGGAGAAGCUGAACAAGAUGAGCACUCUCUUAGAAAGACUUCACGCAAAGUACAACCAGAACAGGCCUUGGACAGAAACCAUGAAGCUAGUCCGUCAAGUCAUGGAAAAACGAGUUGUGAUGAACUCUGGGGGGCACCAACAUCUGGUGAGCUGUUUGGAGACUUUGCAGAAGGCAUUAAAAGUCUCUUCUCUGCCUGCCAUGACGGAUCGCCUGGAGUCUAUAGCCAGACAGAAUGGCCUUGGAUCUCACCUUAGUGCAAAUGGCACUGAAUGUUACAUCACUUCAGACAUGUUCUAUGUGGAAGUCCAGUUAGAUCCUACAGGGCUGCUGUGUGAUGUCAAGGUGGCUCACCACGGAGAAAACCCUGUGAGUUGUCCAGAACUGGUGCAACAUCUGAGAGAGAAAAAUUUUGAUGAAUUUUCUAAGCAUCUAAGGGGACUUGUGAACCUGUAUAAGUUGCCAGGAGACAACAAACUUAAAACUAAAAUGUACUUGGCUCUACAGUCUUUGGAGCUGGAUCUCUCGAAAAUGGCAGGGAUGUAUUGGCAAGCCACCAAUGCAAAUCCACUCGACAAGAUUCUUCAUGGCAGUGUUGGCUAUCUCACCCCCAGGAGUGGAGGUCUCCUUAUGAAUCUCAAGUAUUAUGUCUCGCCCUAUGAUUUAUUUGAAGACGGCACUGGAGCCCCCGUUAUUUUGCAUGAGAACAAUGUUCCUCGAUCUUUAGGAAUGAAUGUGUCGGUAACAGUCGAGGGAACCAUGGCGAUGUACAAACUUCCAAUUGCACCACUGAUUAUGGGCUCUCAUCCAGUUGACAGCAAAGGAACUCCAUCUUUCUCAUCAAUCACCAGUGCCAACAGUGUGGACUUACCAGCUUGUUUCUUCUUGAAAUUCCCACGUCCCAUUCCAGUGUCUCGAGCUUUCAUUCAGAAACUUCAGAGCUGCACAGGUAUUCCACUGUUCGACACACCGCCAACGUUUGUACCCUUGUAUGAGUUGAUCACGCAGUUUGAAUUGUCUAAGGAGGCUGACCCUGUACCGUUAAACCACAAUAUGCGCUUCUAUGCAGCUCUUCCAGGACAGCAGCACUGUUACUUUCUGAACAAGGAUGCUCCUCUCCCAGAUGGAAGAAGCCUCCAAGGAACACUGAUCAGUAAAAUCGCCUUCCAGCACCCUGGACGGGUUCCUCUCAUCCUUAAUUUGAUCAGACAUCAGGUGGCAUACAACACACUAAUCGGCAGCUGCGUCAAGCGAACAGUUUUAAAAGAAGAUUCUCCUGGGAUCCUGCAGUUUGAAGUUUGUCCGCUCUCUGACUCCUGUUUCAGUGUAUCCUUUCAGCACCCUGUGAAUGACUCCCUAGUGUGUGUGGUAAUGGAUGUGCAAGACUCCACUCAUGUGAACUGUAAGCUGUACAAAGGGCUAUCUGAUGCUCUUAUCUGUACGGAUGAUUUCAUUGCCAAAGUUGUUCAAAGGUGUAUGUCCAUUCCCGUGACCAUGCGAGCAAUUCGCAGAAAAGCAGAAACGAUUCAAGCAGACACACCAGCCUUGUCCCUCAUUGCAGAAACAGUAGAAGAUAUGGUGAAGAAAAAUCUUCCCCCAGCCAGCAGCCCAGGGUAUGGCAUGACCACAGGCAGCAACCCAAUGAGUGGUACCACUACCCCAACAAACACUUUUCCUGGGGGGCCCAUCACUACUUUGUUUAACAUGAGCAUAAGCAUGAAAGAGAGGCAUGACUCGGUGGGCCAUGGGGAGGACUUCAGCAAAGUGUCUCAGAACCCUAUUCUCACUAGUUUGUUGCAGAUCACAGGGAAUGUGGGGUCUACCAUUGGCUCAAGUCCAACCCCUCCCCAUCACACACCACCACCAGUAUCCUCACCAGCAAGCAACACCAAGAACCACCCCAUGCUCAUGAACCUUCUUAAAGAGAAUCCCCCUCAGGAUUUCUCCACUCUGUAUGGGAGCAGCCCUCUCGAAAGGCAGAACUCUUCCUCUGGCUCUCCCAGAAUGGAAAUGGGCCCUGGGGGGAAUAAGCAAAAGAAAAAAAAAUCCCGCAUGCCAGCCGACAAGCCCAAGCAUCAGACUGAGGAUGAUUUCCAGAGGGAGCUCUUCUCAAUGGAUGUUGACUCCCAGAAUCCCAUUUUUGAUGUCAACAUGACUGCAGAUACCCUGGACACCCCUCACAUUACUCCAGCACCCAGCCAAUGCAGCACUCCUCCUACUACAUACCCGCAGCCUAUACCUCACUCGCAGCCCAGUAUUCAGAGAAUGGUUCGACUCUCUAGUUCGGACAGCAUUGGAGCCGAUGUUACUGAUAUCCUUUCGGAUAUAGCAGAGGAGGCUUCCAAGCUACCCACCACUAAUGAGGACUGCCCGCCCAUUGGUACUCCAGUGAGAGACUCUUCUAGUUCAGGACAUUCACAAAGUGCCCUCUUUGACCCCGAUGUUUUUCAGACGAACAAUAGCGAGAACCCGUACACAGACCCAGCAGACCUGAUAGCAGAUGCUGCUGUGAGCCCCAACAGUGAUUCUUCAAACCAUUUUUUUCCAGACGGGGUAGAUUUCAAUCCUGACUUGCUGAACAGUCAGAGCCAAAGCGGCUUUGGGGAGGAGUACUUUGAUGAGAGUAGUCAGAGUGGAGACACGGAUGAUUUCAAGGGCUAUGCAUCCCAGGCUCUAAGUACUUUGGGGGUACAAGUAUUAGGGGGCGAUGGGGGGGAAAAUAAAUUUAAGGGAAGCAAUCAGUCCGAUACAGUAGAUUUUAGUAUUAUCGCAGCUGCAAGCAAAGCACUGGGGUCCUCUGACAUCAUGGAGCACCACAGUGGAGGUCAGAGCCCCUUACUGAAUACAGGGGAUUUAGGAAAAGAAAAGUCUCAGAAACGGGUAAAGGAAGGCAAUGGUUCUGGAGGUAACCUGGCAGGUCCUGGGAUAGAUGGGAAGCCGGGGAAGCGCAGCCGGACGCCAUCCAGUGACGGCAAAAGCAAAGAGAAACUCCCGAAGCGGAAGAAGCAGGAGACAGAUGGGAAAUCUCCAUCUCACAGUUCAUCGAACAGGCCUUUCACGCCACCAGCGAGCACUGGUGGGUCCAAAUCUCCUGGCAGUUCAGGCAGAUCUCAGACUCCUCCCGGUGUGGCUACUCCUCCUAUUCCAAAAAUCACCAUUCAGAUCCCAAAAGGAACAGUGACUGUGGGCAAACCGUCUUCUCACGGCCAGUAUACCAGUAGCGGCUCUGUCACCUCCUCCAGCAGCAAAAGCCAUCAUAGCCAUUCUUCCUCCUCCUCCUCUUCCUCCUCCUCGUCAACCUCAGGCAAAAUGAAAAGCAGCAAAUCAGAAGGGUCUUCGGGCUCAAAGAUGAGCAGCAGCCUCUACUCAAGCCAAGGUGGCUCAAGUUCAGGUCAGUCCAAAAGCUCGGCUCAGUCAGUGGGAAAGCCUGGAUCCUCCCCCAUCACCAAGCAUGGCCUCAGCAGCGGGUCUGGAAGUACCAAGAUGAAACCUCAAGGAAAGCCAUCGUCGCUUAUGAACCCUUCCAUGAGUAAACCAAACAUCUCGCCAUCUCAUUCUAGACCUUCAGGAGGUUCUGACAAGCUUGCUUCUCCCAUGAAACCUGUUCCAGGUACUCCCCCGUCAUCGAAGGCAAAGUCACCUAUCAGUUCAGGUUCUGGAGGCUCUCACAUGUCUGGGACUGGAUCGAGCUCGAGUAUGAAAUCGUCUUCAGGAAUGGGAUCCUCUGGGUCCAUGUCACAAAAGCCGCCUCCUUCAUCGAAUUCUUCCACGGCAUCUUCAUCUUCCUUUUCAUCUAGCGGGUCUUCCAUGUCUUCAUCUCAAAACCAGCAUGGAAGUUCCAAAGGCAAGUCUCCCAGCAGAAACAAGAAGCCAUCUCUGACUGCAGUCAUAGACAAACUUAAACACGGGGUUGUCACUAGCGGGCCUGGUGGAGAUGACCCGAUGGAUGGACAAAUGGGGCCAAGUUCCAAUUCCUCAAGCCAUACUAUGUCCUCCAAACACAAUAUGUCUGGGGGGGAGUUCCAGGGCAAACGCGAGAAGAGUGACAAAGAGAAAUCUAAAGUCUCUGUUUCCGGAGGAUCUGUUGACUCUUCCAAGAAGAAUUCAGAUUCCAAAAACGUCGGAAGCACCGGAGUGGCCAAAAUUAUCAUCAGCAAGCAUGAUGGUGGUUCCCCUAGUAUUAAAGCCAAAGUAACUUUGCAGAAACCUGGGGAAGGAGGUGGGGAUAGCUUAAGGCCUCAGAUGGCUUCUUCCAAAAGCUACGGAUCCCCUCUAAUCAGUGGGUCUACUCCAAAACACGAACGCUGCUCUCCCAGCCACAGUAAGUCACCAGCAUACACUCCCCAAAACAUAGACAGUGAGAGUGAGUCGGGCUCUUCCAUAGCAGAGAAAUCCUAUCAGAACAGCCCCAGCUCUGACGAUGGCAUUAGGCCACUGCCUGAAUAUAGCUCAGAAAAACAUAAGAAGCACAAAAAAGAGAAGAAAAAGGUGAAAGACAAAGACCGGGACAGAGACCGGGAUCGGGACAAAGAAAGAGACAAGAAGAAAUCUCACAGCAUCAAGCCAGAGAGCUGGUCUAAAUCCCCGAUUUCAGCUGACCAGUCUCUCUCCAUGGCCAGCAGCGCGAUGCUCUCGGCUGAGCGACCGUCCCGGGCUAGCCCCGAGUUUUUGAUCGGGGAAGAAGAUGAUGAUCUCAUGGAUGUUGCUCUAAUUGGCAAUUAAUUUUCGUAGUAUCUUUGAAAGAUACUAAGUACGCAGGACCUGCGGGUUCCAGAGAUGGAAAGAAAGGAACCAUUCGUUGCAAACCUGCCACGCUGAUGUCGAUGAGGUGUUUUAAGAGAAAAAAAAAAAAGUAUUUCCAAGGAUCUCCAAAGUUCACACAGAACGUGUGAGUGCCAGCAGCUCAUUCUGCAAGCCAGGUUCCUGACUGUGGCCUUCAUCCUACGGACACUUACACUCAUUCUUAAUUUAUAAGUAUUAAUAGGCCCAUUAGAGGUAAUGGGUAUAAAGCUAAGUGUGCGUGUAAGCGUGGGAGCAGACCUCCAACUGGUGCAAACAAACGUAGGCUAUUCUGGGAGAAUCUGAGUUCCUCUGCCCCUCUUCCCCCUCAGACAGAGUUGGUUUUGCUUUUAGGAAGUUUUAAGCUAAUUAUUUUAAGGCAUAUUUUAGGGCUGGGUUUUACUCUUUUUAAAAAGGGUGGUUGGAGGAAAGAAAAAAAAAAAGUGCUUUUUAGUUAUUUUUGUGGCAUUUCUUCAUUCAUGGCCUGACUGAGAGCAGUGCUGAGGAACUUUGUCUUCCUCUGGCGUGGGCUGCGGAGUCAGCCACUGUGAGGGAUGUUGGCGUUUUAUUCCAGGUCGAAGUGAUGAAGGAAUGCUGUCGAAUUUUUUACUUCCCUUUCAUUUUAGCUAUUUAUUUAUGUCCGUAUCUGAGUGCUUUAUGCUGCUUGUUUUCAUGCGAUCUCCAUUUUAAUUGUACGAUGGAGUCCAAAGGGACUUGAGAAUUUGGGUAGAGCCUGUGGAUUUGGAAAGCUCUGCACACGUGCAGCCACUGUAGCUUUGGUGAAGCUGGUAAAAUUCUGGCGUGCAUGGGAGCAAAUCUAAAUUGAAAAGGAACUCCACUGUCUUAAUCUGAGCACUGCUUCCUUGUCAACCAAGCAAACAACGUCCCCAGGACCCCCGAUGCUGCAUUUGUAAAGAGAGAGACUGUAAGCCGCGCACGAGCCUCAGUCCUGCAAACUUUAGAGCUGUGCUAAAUCUAUCCACAGCGAAUGCUCCGUUACUGUCGCUAGAACAGCUCGUGUGCAUUCAUGGUUAAAAACAGGCCUUGUUUUCUCAAGCUGUUUCUGUUGCCGAAGCGCUUAAGGUUUCUUUCUUUUUUUCUUUUUCUUUCUUUCUUUUCUUUUAACUUGCAGCACACUUCUCAAAUAGUAAUUCUGGUAAUGCACACAAGCAUUCCCUUCUCUCUCUGGGAGGUGUUAGCCUAGCGCUGUGAGUCAGUCACUUCCUCGUGUUAGCACUUACACUGCUGGAAAAGCAGACCCUAACUGGUUCGUCUGGAUAACAAUUGCAGCAGAAGCAGUGGUUUCCUUAAGUGAUGGAUUUUCCCCUUUUGGCUGGAAUUAAGAGCGUGACUCAGGCAUCCUCUGUGGUCUUAUCUUGUGGUCCCUGAAAGGAGAAGAGACUCAGGAGCGUGUUUUAUUUUUAAAAGCAGUUAAAUGUGAUUUGCUGAAGAAGAAAUGUGGGAAAUCGCGAGUUCUCCAUUCGAAUUUCGUACUGGCAGAGUCCUGCUCCCACUGGAUUUUGGCAUUGACUCCUGGAGGCCAGGAUUUCACCUGUGGGAAGGAGAUUAGACUUCGCAUUUGGGGAUGCAGCCUGAAAACAUGUCAAGGAUUUAAGUUUCUUUUAAACACAGAGAUUUCCAGUCCUGCUUACGGUCUGACCCCAGUGAUAUUCCAGGCAAGCAGUUUCUUUUCUGGCUCGUUCAAAGCCAUAGCAAGGUAGUUGUCUUUUCAGUAGGGUGGCAACUAUGCAGUUAAGUGUAGGGGGUUUUCACCACUUCCUCCUGCCUUCAGCUUCAUUCCCAGGCUCCUGUAGGGUGCAGGAGCCCUGAAUUUCCUAAAGCCACCCUGAACUCCACAGAGCUGCCCUUCCUUGUAUUUUCCAACAGUCAUCCUUUGCUCCUUGUGGUCUGCGUUCCGUAGCUUCCCCCUCCCCAGUGCUCCCAUCUUCACGUGCUGAGAUGAUAGAGAAGUAGUGAAUAAAGCCUAAACCCGGAGCAAAUGACGUUAUCUUACGCAGCAUCAGAAUCGGAUGACUGCGGGGUGCCUCUGAAGAGGAUGUAAGGAAUACAGCACCAGAUGGCUUUAUCUUGAGACCCUGCUACAGCGGCUGCACCGGGGAAGUAAUACCUGCUCAGGCUCCAGCAGGUUGUCAGCUGUUUUCAUUCUGCCCCCUCAUUUUGUAAGUUACUUCGUUUAUUUUUUUUUUUUUUUUAAAAAAAAAAAGUCCUUUGAUCUGUUCAGGGCUGUGUGAAGGUACAAACCGCCUUCAAAAGAAGCCCUCUUAAAAGUCGAAUCAGGGCUGGGGAUUUCACGGAGCAGUGUGCUGGACUUGUCGUUGAUCGGAGUAAUGUUUUACCAAUGCGAAACGCAGUGAAAGUUAAGAGGAAAUACUGUUCAGCUUCAGCACUGACACAGAAAUGCGUUUGGAAUGGAACAGCUGAACGCGUUUCCUUCUCUGCUUGCCCAAGACCAAAGUUCAAUACUCUCAAUUUCUCCUGCGAAAGGUGGGCGUCGCGGACACCCGCAGAAGUACAGGGAACAAAGUCUCCUCCUCUCUCAGCCUCCGCGACACCGAGCGCUGCAAGAGAAACCGGGGCCUGAACCGCGGUCGGGGCAGGCUGAAAGCUUUUGGAUCCGUUUUGAUGCACUGUACCCUUCCCCUUUGUACACCCUCCGUUUUGUAUCGCGUGAGAGAGAGAGAGAGAGACUAGAGCCAGGCGCCAGCUGCAUGAUGCUUCUACCGCGUUGAGAGAUGAGGUACACCCGUCCCUACACAGACACUUUGUGUGUAAACGCUUGGUCUCUUACAAAUGUUUUAUUUUUAAAAUAUUUUUGCUUAUUCUCGACGAUAUUUUACAUCUUUCAGUAUUGGAAAGAUAAACGUGUAAACAGAAUAAAAGCCAAACCUUUUAAUCUCA